CCGGAAGUGUUUCUCAGCUGUGUGACCUCUGUGUAAUGCUGACAGAGCUCUAUGAAGCUCAGUGGAAAGAAGGAGCCGCUCAGGGUUUAACUUGUGUCUGGCCUUUGUUCUGUGAAGCGGCUCCGUCAGCCGGAAAACCACCAUGAGUACCAUGUUUGCAGACACCAUUCUGAUCGUCUUUAUUUCUGUCUGUACGGCGCUGUUAGCAGAAGGGAUCACCUGGGUUUUAGUAUAUCGAACUGAAAAGUACAAGAGGCUAAAGGCUGAGGUGGAAAAACAAAGCAAAAAGCUUGAAAAGAAAAAAGAAACCAUCACCGAGUCUGCAGGACGCCAGCAGAAGAAGAAAAUCGAAAGACAGGAGGAGAAGCUGAAGAACAACAACAGAGACCUGUCCAUGGUGCGCAUGAAGUCCAUGUUCGCAAUUGGCUUCUGCUUCACAGCUUUGAUGGGCAUGUUCAACUCCAUUUUUGAUGGAAGGGUUGUGGCCAAGCUGCCAUUUGUGCCACUGUCCUACAUUCAGGGGCUGUCGCACCGUAACCUGCUGGGCGAAGACUACACUGACUGCUCCUUCAUCUUCCUCUACAUCCUCUGCACCAUGUCUAUCAGACAGAACAUUCAGAAAAUGCUCGGACUUGCCCCCUCCAGAGCUGCCACCAAGCAGGCAGGGGGGUUCCUGGGACCUCCGCCCCAAGCGGCCAAGUUUUCCUAAUCCUCAAGUCACCAUGGCGCCCCCAACAGAGCACUGAUGGAACUGUUUGUGCUGGAGCGAAUGUCUUGCCUGUUGCAGCUACUACGUUGUUUGAUUUCUUGUUGUGUUUUGUAAUAUUUAACUUAAAAGUAGAGGAGAAAAUAGAAAACAACUUCAGUUCACACCGUGUUCACCUCACAACACGGACCGGUCUGAGAUUUUAAUCUGUUAUUGACACAAUAACAUCUGAACGCCUUUCAGUAUUAUUGAAUGUCAUCUCUAUUUUGAGUAAAUUGCAUAUUAAUAAAAGUUUUACGAUUAUAUGUCA